GUCAAGAUCGUCAAGCCAAAAGAAAGAUGAGUGUGAUUGACUAUAGAAAUGUACAGCCUGUCUUGACAGGCAAUCCAACAGAUCACCGACAAAGUGUGGCUAUUGAACCAUUGCAUUAUAUCAUGUCUGUCAGGGCUAAAGGAGACAGCCCUCCUAGCCUAGAAGACUUUCUAGAGCGCUGGAAUUAUUAUGACCAGUAUCAUUUGGUACCACGUGAAUUUAUGGAGGAAAUGUAUAGAUCGAUUAAAGAAGAACGAUUGGAAACAGGCUGGGAUAACAAAGCCAAUCGUUGUAUAUCCCCACCUACCAUACCAGAAGAUGAUGAACAAGUCGUCUCUCCUUCUAUUCCACAACAACAUCAACAAGAUGUGGUCAUUACUGUCAUACCACAUCGAUUGCCUAGUCGACUCACUAAGGGAUAUCCUUCUGACCCUAUUACGAUCUGUAUUCCUGCUCCAGAUAAGGGUCUUCAAAUCAAGCUAAGAGGACAGGAUCUUGUGUUUGAACCGAACGUGCUUGAUUUCUCUCAUUCUUGUAUCCAGACAUUUACUAUCACAGGCAACACACUAGGCAGAACCUCUUUGAUGUUUAUCAAGACAGGAGAUAAUGCAGGUAACUACGUGAGUCCUACACUUCCAAGGACCAAGAGCGUGAUUGUGGAAAGACCCUUCAUGCGCUAUACUUUUCAAGUGGGUUUUAAGCACAUGGAUUCCUCAAGUGCUGAUAAAGAAACGGAAAAAAACAAAAUGUUGAUGGAAGAAGAACAAGGGAUUCGAAAGAAAGAAGCAAGUACGAGUGUCAAAUCAGUCAAUAAAUCAAGGUCUGCUACAAGAAGAGGCAGAGAAGAAAAAGAGCAUCAAAAUGAUGAUGAUGAGGAAGAAGAAGAAGAGGAUAGAAAACACCUUGUGAACCGUAAAUAUACAUUUAGUGUAGAGACAGAAGAAGAACGGAUUCAAUGGAUCGAAGCACUUAAGCAAGCCAGUGGACAAGUGAAUGAUCAGAGAAAUGAAAAAGUCAUUCAACAAAUGCAAGAACAGAGCUCAGAGGCCCAUGUUGCUUUACAAGUCCUUAAAGAAGUCUUGUUGGCUGAUGAACUCAAGAAAGGAACACUACCUCUCCGUUCAAAUGAAAAUACCUCAGUAAAUGAAAUCACCAGUGCCACAUUAAGUCAAAUUGAAGACAGACAUAACAGAACUAUGCGAUUAUUAUUGCCAGCAAAAAAGAAACCAAUAGAAGAUGACCGUAGUUCUAUUAUCACAACAAGCACAACAGCAUCUACUAGCACAACAGCCAAUGUGGUUACUAAAAGGGGUCAUGAAAUAGUCAAAUUAGUCGUACAGAACUCAAUGGUCCCUCUCGUCUUAGGGUUCCUCAAAAGUCAAAUUCCAUAAGGAGUAAAAAAAAUUGUCAUUGGUCCGGUUUCUUUUUCAGUUAUGUGCGUGUGUGUGUGUGUGUGUACAAAAGUGUGUGCGUAUCUAUAUCGAG